UCUAAGCGCACUUGUUCAUCAACCAAUUCAGCUUUGUUCUUCUCUACGAUGUUCGAUCUUAUUGGCAGCUAUUCCAUGCUUAUCCUUAGACGUAGUUUCUUUCUACUCUGAUGAUCAUGGUGUCACUGUCAGCAUUCCAUUGAGAGAGAGAGAGAGAGAGAGUCCUCCGGCAGACAGUGCUCAGCUCAGUGGGUGAGCAGGCACGUCGCAGAGAGCCGCCCGCGAAGGCAACGCAAGAGACCCGAUUCCAUUCCCCCUCGGCCACCACCAUGCCAAUCUUGGCAACCCCUACCACUCUUAGCUGCCCAUCGAGCCCGCCCGGGCAAGCUAAGCAACCGGCCGCCUCGCCUUUCUCGCCGGCGUGCGCGCGGGGGAGAAGUACUAAGUAACGCCGCGCGCGCUCCAUGGCCGUGCCGCCAUGCCCCGCGCCCCACGCAACGUGCCACGCACGCCGCGCGCCUGUUCUAAUGCCCGUACCCCUCGCCACCACGCUUUCCUCCUCCUCCGCUUCCUCCCGCCGCCGCUGCUGUCGUGGCUUGCUUCAACUUCAGGCUGCUCGCCGCGCCGGGAGAUGGGGGUGAUGGCUCCGCGGCGGAAGUCCGGCGACUGGCACCACCGGCUCUUGCUGCUCCUCUGCUGCUGCCUCCUCGCCUUCCCUUGCCACGGCACAGUCACGAACGUCUCCCGGUCUGAUAAGAAAGCCAUGCGGUCGUUCGUGGGGACGUACGGGAUCAACUACGGCCGCAUUGCCGACAACCUGCCGGCGCCGGCGGAGGUGGUGCGGCUGCUGAAGCUGGCGCGGAUCCGGAACGUGAAGAUCUACGACGCCGACCACAGCGUGCUGGACGCGUUCCGGGGGUCCGGGCUCAACCUCGUGGUGGCCAUCCCCAACGAGUUCCUCAAGGACAUGGCCGCCAACCCGAGCAAGGCCAUGGACUGGCUCAACGAGAACGUGCAGCCCUACUACCCGUCCACGCGCAUCGUCGGCAUCACCGUCGGCAACGAGGUGCUCGGCGGGGCGGACACGGGCCUCGAAGAGGCGCUCGUCGGCGCCGUCUUUAACGUGCACGAGGCGCUCAAGAUGCUCCGGCUCGCCGACAAGAUCGAGCUCUCCACGCCGCACUCGGAGGCCGUCUUCGCCAACUCGUAUCCGCCGUCGGCGUGCGUCUUCAAAGACGACCUCAUGGUGUACCUCCGCCCGCUGCUCGACUUCUUCUCCAAGACCGGCGCGCCGUUCUACGUCAACGCCUACCCGUUCCUCGCCUACAUGAGCGACCCGGCGCACAUCGACAUCAACUACGCGCUCUUCAAGCACAACCCCGGCAUCGUCGACCAGAAGACCGGCCUGCACUACGACAACAUGUACGAGGCCCAGCUCGACGCCGCCUACUUCGCGCUCGAGGCCGCGGGCUACUCGGGCAUGGAGGUGCGCGUGGCGGAGACCGGCUGGGCGUCCGCCGGCGACGCCACCGAGGCCGGCGCCAACAUGGAGAACGCCGUGACUUACAACCGCAACCUCAGGAAGCGGCUGCUCCUGCGGAAGGGGACGCCGUACAGGCCGGACAGGGUGGCCAAGGCGUACAUCUUCGCGCUCUUCAACGAGAACCUCAAGCCGGGGCCAACCUCCGAGCGACACUACGGCCUCUUCAAGCACGACGGCAGCGUCUCCAUCGAUAUCGGAUUCAAGGGCCUCGUGCCGUCCUCCGCGCCGCCGCCUCUCGUGGCAUUCAAGAGAGUUCGAGCACGGGGGUGGAUUAUACAGUAUUCGGCUGCGCUUCUUCCAUACACAUUGAUUUUUCUAGCUUUAGCAACCUGAUCGCAGAUUAGCACGCAUGCCUGUACACUGUAUAGUGGAUUAGGACCAUGCUUCCUGAACUGGAUGCUCAUGGGGCUCAUGAAGAACUAGCUGCUGAUCCAGGCUGAGGCUGGACAAGUGCAUGCAGUUUAUUAACACUGAUUCUUUCGACAGCAUUUCAUAGAAAAAUGUGUUAUCGAAAUUCAAGGAAUGAUUCACAUCAUGUUUCGGUUUUUUAGUUUUCCUUGCAUAACUAAUUACCAGAUGCAUUUCUCAUUUCUGGAUUAACUAAUCAAGCCUCGGAGUUUAGAGUUCAUCCUG